AUGAGUACAAGUACAAGCACGGGCUUACCACCCAAUUGGACCAUCAAGAUCUCGAAAACACACAAUAAAGAAUACUAUUUAAACCAAUCGACGAAAGAAUCGUCGUGGGAUCCUCCCUACGGCACCAAUAAAGAACAGUUAGCUUUGUAUAUACAGAGAUUGAAGAACAACGGCUAUAAACCACUUGCUAAUGAAGAAGGGAAAGUGAGGAUAAGCCAUAUUCUCAUUAAGAACAGCUCAUCGAGAAAGCCCAAAUCAUGGAAAUCACCGGAUGGAAUACUGAUAUCACGAGAUGAAGCCAUCGCUGUGGCCAAAAAGCAUCUAGUCAAGAUUUUGAAUGGCGAAGCUACCUUUGCUGACAUUGCUGAAACUGAAAGCGACUGCAGUUCCCAUUCCCGCGGUGGCGAUUUGGGAUUUUUCGGGAAGCGCGAAAUGCAGCCAGCGUUUGAAACUACGGCUUUUGGCUUACAUGUUGGCGAAAUCAGUGAUGUUAUUGAAACCGACAGCGGCAUUCAUAUACUUCAAAGAACUGGUUAG